CCCCCCUUUCUUUUCCUUCAUAAACAAGACCUGGGUCACUUGUUUCUACACUGGUGGCCCACAGGUGACCUCCUCUCUCAAUUGCUCUCUUGCUUGCACAGUCACAUCGCUGCAGUAAAAAUGGCCAUGGCAGGUAAGGUCAUCAGGUGCAAGGCCGCGGUGGCCUGGGAGCCCAACAAGCCUCUGGUGAUGGAGGAGAUCGAGGUGGCCCCUCCCCAGGCCCACGAGGUCCGCAUCAAGAUUGUGGCGACGGCGGUGUGCCAAACGGACCUGCAGCACCUCUGUGGGAAUAUGGACAAAGACGGCUUCCCCGUGGUCCUCGGCCACGAGGCGGCCGGCGUCGUGGAGAGCGUCGGGCACGCAGUCACCGAUCUGCAGCCAGGAGAUAAGGUCAUUCCUCUGUUCAUCUCCCAGUGCAGAGAGUGUCGCUUCUGUAAGAGCCCGAAGACCAACCAGUGUGAGAAAGCAUGGUAUGGUGCCGAUCCGUUGUCAGUCCCAGAGUCCAGGUUCACCUGCAAGGGGAAGAAGGUGCUGCAGUUCACGGGAACCAGUACCUUCUCUGAGUACACGGUGGUGAACCAGAUGGCCGUGGCCAAGAUCGACCCCGCUGCCCCUCUGGACAAAGUCUGUCUCCUGGGCUGCGGGAUCUGCACAGGAUACGGAGCGGCCGUUAACACCGCCAAGGUGGAACCGGGCUCCACCUGUGCCGUGUUCGGCCUGGGAGCCGUGGGCUUGGCUGCCGUCAUGGGCUGCCAGGCGGCGGGAGCCAAGAGGAUCAUCGCCGUGGACGUCAACCCGGAGAAGUUUGUCAAGGCCAAGGCGUUCGGGGCGACCGACUUCGUGAACCCGAAGGAUCACAGCGGCCCGGUCAGCCAGGUGCUUUUGAAGAUGACCGGCGGAGGGGUGGACUUCUCCCUGGAAUGUGUCGGGAAUGUGGCCGUCAUGCGCAGUGCCUUGGAGUCUUGCAUCCAAGGUUGGGGCGUUAGCGUCAUGGUUGGCUGGACAACCGCCGAAGACUUUUCUGCCCGACCCGUUCAGCUCAUCGGUGGACGCACUUGGAAGGGCUCCGCGUUUGGAGGCUUUAAGGGCAGAGACGGCGUGCCUCAGAUGGUCAAAGCCUACCUGGACAAGAAGAUAAAGGUGGAUGAGUUCAUCACUCACAACAUGACCCUGGACCAGGUCAACGACGCCAUCGAGCUGAUGAAGCGUGGCAAAUGCAUCCGGACGGUCAUGACUGUUUCUCCAGAAUAAGAAUAAGACGGGGCCGGACAGCUGAUCUGCCGCUCCUCGCUCCGGUCCAUCAACGCUCCAUCAACGCUCAACCUUUUGUCCUUUUCUAACUAACUAUGGGAGAUGAGAGAGAGUAAAGCAUCCGGGUGGAAGUUCAAUCAAACAGGCCUGAUGUGUUUUCCAUGCGCACUUAAUCUUUAAUAAAGAUGAAUGAAGAUC